AUGUUCGACGUUCAGUCCCCCGUUCGACAAGAUGCUCAGUUUGAUUUGCUUUCGUUUCAGGUGUAUUUGAAGUGCAAUUUUUUGCAAAAGGUGGCAGUAGUAGUGCAAGACAAGGCAGUGGACAGGAACACGAUGAUGUCUGCACAAGAUGAGACCGGCAACCUCGGCCAGGCGCAGGAGCCGCUGCUCGGGAUGCCAAAGAACGGCGAAAUGGACGAAGUGGAGCUCAAAAACAUAGAAAUCCAGCUACCCACCGCCAGAAUCUUGUCCAAGGAAGGCUGGCCAGGCAUGGAGGAAAUGAUAAUCGAGACUUCUCGAGGGAACGUGGUGGUUGGCGUGCAGGGACGAGGACGACGACAUACCAUGCUCACUUAUCAUGACAUCGGCAUGAACUACAUCUCCAACUUCCAGACCUUUUUCAACUACAUCGACAUGCGCAUCGCGAUGGAGACGUUCACGGUGUACCACGUGACAGCUCCCGGGCAGGAGGAGAAUGCAACUUCGCUGUCGGAAACCUUCGUGUAUCCAACGAUGGACGAACUCGCCGCUCAGCUUGAAGAGGUGUGUCAGAAGCUAAGUCUGAAGAACUUUAUCGGACUCGGCGUGGGAUUUGGUGCCAACAUUUUGGCGCGAUUCGGUAUCAAUCACCCGGGAUCGUUGGACGCGUUGUGCCUCGUCAACUGCGUGUCCACGCAGUCCGGCUGGAUUGAAUGGGGUUAUCAGAAGAUGAACAUUCGAUCGCUGCGGAAUGCUGGCUCGUUGACGGCCAAUGCCCUCGAGUACCUGCUGUGGCACCACUUUGGGAAGGCGCAAGAGACUCGCAACCACGACUUGGUGCAAGUUUAUCGCCAGUACUUUGCUGACAAAAUGAAUCCGCACAACUUGUCGCUGCUCUUGGAGACGUACAUCACGCGAUCGGAUCUCGGGAUCCAGCGACUGAACGUGCAGUGUGGUGCCCCACCCGGGAAGGGUACACUGGCCAUGCCUGUGUUACUCAUUACUGGACACUAUUCCCCGCACGUUGAAGACACAGUCACACUCAAUAGCCGCCUCGACCCGUCCAAGUCGUCGUGGCUCAAGUUAUCCGAUUGCGGGAUGCCGCUUGAAGAGCGACCGGAAAAGGUGUGCGAGGCAUUGCGGCUGUUUUUGCAGGGAGCCGGGUUCAUCCCGACCCUUUCCCAGCGGAAGUUGAGCAGGUCGAGGUCGAUUGAGUCUGGAGAUGUGCCGCAUGUGCCGACGAAGGACUUGAAUUUGCCCGUCGGCGAGGCAAUUAAGGAAGAAGCUGGCGAGUCACCGACUUCGGCCACACCCACUGCUGUGUGCUGA